AUGAUGUCGUCCAUGACUGUUAAUACAAUUUUAAAAGGAACACUUCUUAACAAUGUUACACUCCAGACUCUCUCACCCUCAUCAACUUUGUUAAACCAGAAACGUCACAUUAUGGGGUUUGUUAGAAACGCGUUAGGCUUAGAUGCGCCAGCUGAUCCAAAUGACCCAACUCCAGCGAAUAGAUUUCACCCAUGGGUCGAAUCACCAUGUCCAGAUUUAAGAGAUCGUGCACACCGUAUUAUGGAAUUGGCUAAAUGCCCAGUAACUGGCGAAAAAAUUGAGUUUACUUGUCCGAUAAGUGGUAUCCCUACCCACCAUUCAAAAGAAGCUUGGGAAAGUGAUAAAGUAUAUCAUUCCACCAAAAAAUAUGAUUAUUUACGUAAGGUAAAUAUAUACGAACAUGAUUUGAGAAGUGGUAGACCAUUUCCUGAAUUUGACUUUCCCUUAGAACAGGAUUUUGACAGGGUUGUUAACAUGACAAAUUGGGAUUUAUUUUUUUAUACUAGGCAAUUUUAUUCUAUGGAUACUGAAUUCCAAUUGGCUGCAGUCACCAAAAUGUUAAGCUAUCCAAUGACAAUAGCCUCUAUUUUACACCAGUAUUCUCCAUAUUCUUUAACUCCCAAGGGUCCAAUUACUUUAGAAGGUCUAAAAAGUUUGGCAGCAUUGCGCUAUACUUUGUAUCCGUUUGAACAACAAAAACAGAAAAAUUUGGCAAAAGUCAAGGAUCGCCCAAUGAGAAUCUUUAUUUUAGGUGCUAGAGCUGAGGCACAAUUGCCUGGUCAUGUUUGGAAACAAAUACAAGCUCUUUUCCCUGUGCAAAGUUUUGAGAUACAUUUUAUUGGACCCGAAUGUUUUUAUGAUAGAGAACAAGGCAGAUAUAUUACCAGUUCAGAACCUAUUAUUCAAAAUGUCGAUGAAACUUUGCGCUUGGUUUACCAUACAGAUUAUUUCCAUGUUUAUCAUUUACAACAAGACUUCUUCCCAUACGAUCCAUACUUGGAUGUGUUUUUCGCUUUUCAUGCCGGCUUUGGUGCUAUAGAAAGUAAAAAUACUUGGAUGGGAGAAAGUUUCAAGGGGUUAUUAGAAACUAAAUGCGGUAUUUUUAUAACCGGGUAUAACAAGCAAGAUAUAAUGAAUGACUGGAAUACUAUUACUGAACAAGGACACAAUAAAAUGGAUGUUUUAAUGGAACCUAUUAAGAAUGUGUUUGGUAGUACCAAAUGGGAACUGAACGAUGCUAAUCCACAAGAAGUUUAUCAGUUUAACAUGUGGGUUGCUGGUUUUAGAGGUAAAAGGUACCAUGCAAUUGAAGUUUAG